AAUUUCCGAGCACGUGUUUACCUAGCAACGGCUGGAUACAGGCGACAUUAUUGCCAUUGGUGACUUGUUCAACGCACAGUGAGACGUGCGGAAUGUUGUAGACUUUAGAAAAUAAUAGUUGUGUGUUAGAUAAAGGAUUCCUUUAGAAGAGGAAACAUGGCAUCGGAACUCGAGCUAAAUGAUUCUCGAGUGGAGUUCAUCGCUGACUAUGUCAUCAAAACUCUCAAGAUCAAGCCAGACAAAUGGACCAAAAUGUACAGUCUCGAAGAGACCAGACAAAUGUAUCUAGACUUCUUUGAGAAGUCAGAUAUACCAUGUCUUAUAGUAACUGCAACUUCGGCGGGUGGUCUAAACACUCAGUUUGAGUGGCCAAACAAUCCUAAAGCCAAAGCUUGCUAUUUUGUCAAAAAGGGCAGAGAUGCUAUUCAAAAGGAAACCAAUUUCAGAAAAGCCUAUCUCUAUGGUGACAUGUCCUACCAGCCAUUGGACCAGUUGUCUGCGUUUGUUGAUGAAGUCUUGGUGCCACUUCUGUCCAACGACAGAAACCAUGAACAGUGGCCCCAUGUUGUCUCUAAAGAUGUUACAAGACAUGUACACAGUUUGAAGAGUAAUGUGUAUGUGGUGUCUGGUCAGGCCAAGGGGAAGACACUCCUCCCCCUACCUGUGGGAGCUGAAAAAGUGGAACAGGUGGAAGAGGACAAGGACACACUUGACAGAGCCCUGAUUCAUGCCAUUGAAUCUGUGAUCAUUGAUUGGACUCAUCAGAUCAGGGAUGUACUCAAAAAGGACUCAGCCCAGCCCCUGCUUGAGGGACACAACCCCACCCCAUUUGUGGAGAUUGAGUUCUGGAAGAACAAAGCUACCAACUUAGAAUGCAUAUAUGACCAGCUCAGGGAUCCAAAGGUCAGAAAGAUGGCAGAGAUUUUAGAGAGAACACAGAGCAGCUAUUUCCCCACAUUCAAGGACAUCUUCAGAGAUGUUGUGGCAGCUUUGACUGAGGCACAGGACAUCAACAUUUACCUGAAGCCCCUGCGUCAUCACUUUGAGGAUUUUGAGCAGGCAGAAUUUGACGAGAGCAUUCCCAUGUUGGCCCCAAUGAUGCAUACUUGCUGUCUGACCUGGGCCAACUCUGAGUACUACAACACUCCAGCCCGCAUCAUUGUGCUUCUGCAGGAAAUGUGCAACAUGAUCAUUAACAUGGCUAGAACCUUCCUUGAUCCAACAGAGAUCUUCAAAGGAGAGAUUGAGGAGACCAUUGAGAAAGUUCGUAAAGCUUGUAGUGUGCUGGAUGCUUACAGAAGCACAUAUGAGGAUCACAAAGAAAGACUGAAGAGCUAUUUCCCAGAGGGAACAGAGCCCAGACUGUGGGAGUUUGCACCCAAAUUGGUGUUUGCUCGCUAUGACAAGUUUGUGGAAAGAGUCAAGACUGUUAGGGAGCUGAUGGAGACUGCUUUGGAGUUUAUGAAGCUAGAGAAGGUGGAGUUUGGUGGUAUCAAGGGAAAGCUUCUAAGUCAGCAGGUUGUACAGCUGCAUGAAGAAUUCCAGGAGCAGUAUGGAGUUUUCACCAACAAAUCUUACGAUUGUCUAGACCCAAGCAGUAAUGAAUUUUUGGAAGACUUCCAGAUGUUCUUGGAUAAGAUCAGCGACUUUGACAGAAGACUGGCCACUAUUAUCUGUCAAGGUUUUGAUGACUGCUCAGGAAUAGAAUCGGUAUACAAGAUGUUGGACAUCUUGGGCUCCUUGCUUGAAAGAGAGUUGAUCAAGAAAGACUUUGAUGAGAAAUAUCCUCUCAUUGUGAAAAUGAUGGACAAAGAGUUAGAUACUGCUAAACUUAUUUAUGAUAAUCAAAUGGCAGCUAAGAAAGAGGCCGGUAAGGCAUCACUUCACAAAAACAUGCCCAAAGUUUCUGGCAGUUUGAGAUGGGCUCAGGAACUCAGGGAGAGGAUUUCAGCUCCAAUGGGUAACUUCAAGUCACUGGAGCAUAGAUGUAUGCAGGAGGAUAGUGCCAAAUUAGUUUUCACCAAAUAUGAAGAAAUGUGUAACCUUCUGAGUCAGUGGGAUGACGAAAUCUACAAGGAGUGGGAAGCAGGAGUGAGUGAAGCAUGUUCAUUCAACCUUAGUCAGCCUCUGAUUGUUAGAGACGAAGAGACCAAACUCAUCAGUGUGAACUUUGACCCACAGUUGACUGCUGUCUUGAGGGAGGUGAAAUAUCUGGAGGCUCGUAGCCAAGAGGAGAUUCCCCAGAGUGCAGCAGACAUGUACAAGAAGAAUGACACAUUGUGGAAGUUCCUAACAAACUUAGAUCUCUCUGUUCAUCUGUACAAUAAGGUCAGAAACACUAUCCUAGAAGUGGAGUUCCCACUUAUUGAAAGUCAGCUCCAGGACAUUGACGUUCAGUUGGAGCAGGCAGAAAAAUCACUGAACUGGGAGAGUGAAGGUGUUUGGGAUUACAUAGAGAAAACGAGGAACCAAGUCAUUGACCUUGAAAAGCGAGUUCAACAAGCCAAGGACAAUGUGGAGGAGAUUAAAACACUGAUGGCAACAUGGAGCAAGCAGCCUCUGUUUGAAAGGAAGGAGGACAAACACGAUACGUUGCUGAAUGUGGAUGACAGGAAGGAGAGACUGAACAAACGUUACGAUGAAAUCAAAAACAUCGGACAGAAAAUCCAUGGACUUUUACAGAAAAAUUUGGAGUUAUUCAAAGCAGAUGGAAACACAGAUACAUGGAAGGCCUAUGUGGAUUAUGUAGAUGAAAUGAUUGUAGAUGGAUUCUUCAACACAAUUCACUGCAGUCUUAAAUUCUUAUUGGAUCAAACAGACACCAAAAAUAAUCCCAACCCAUUGUUUGAAGCUCACCUUGAACUUCAGGUGCCAGAUAUGGUGUUCCUUCCGUCAUUAGACUAUGGUGUAGCUGAUGGAUUCUAUGAUUUAGUGGACGGUCUAGUCGGUGAUGUGUACAAGCAGGCCUCUUUAGUUGGACGCUUGGCUGCACACAGUGGACAGGAGCACUACCAACCAGACUUGGAGGACAUGGAAGAAUUAUCAGAAAUGAGACAAGAGUUAAUGGAGAGGAUACAAAACAUUAUGAACAAGGCCUGUGAAUUCAGGAAUACAUUUGAUAACUACUCCUAUCUGUGGGUGGAUGACAGAAAUGAAUUCAUGAGGCAGUUCUUGCUGUAUAACCAUGUUCUCACCACUGAGGAGAUUGAAGCACACGCCGAAGAUGGUGUCCCAGAAAAGCCUCCUACACUUGACCAGUUUAAAGAACAAAUUAAUACAUACGAGAAAAUUUAUGAAGAGGCAGAGAAAAUAGAGCCUACCAUGAUUUUUGAACACUGGUUUAGGGUAAACUCCAAGCCAUUUAAACAAGCUUUAUUGAACACAAUCAAACGUUGGAGCUUUAUGUUCAAGCAACAUCUGAUUGACCAUGUAACAAACAGUUUGAAGGAGCUGGGUGAGUUCAUUAAGACGACUGAUGCUGGCCUGACAAAGCCUGUGGAAGAGGGAGAUUAUAGUGGGUUGGUAGAUUGCAUGGGUUAUCUCUUCGCUGUCAAGGACAGGCAGGCCACCACUGAUGAAAUGUUUGAACCACUCAAACAGACCAUAGAACUGCUGAAAACGUACGAUCAGGAACUUCCAGAAGAAGUCCAUCUCCAGCUUCAGGAAUUGCCGGAGCAGUGGAACAACUCAAAGAAAAUAGCCAUCACAAUUAAACAACAAGUUGCUCCUUUACAAGCAACUGAGGUUGCUAACAUUAGGAGGAAGACAGCAACCUUUGAUGUUUCUCAACACAAGUUCAGAGAAAAGUUCCGCAGCAUUCCUCCAUUCAGAUUUGAGUGUGAUAAACCAUACGCACAUCUUGACAAGUACCAUGAAGAAAUUGCAGCCAUGGAGAAAGAGAUGGUGGAAUUGAUGGAUUCAGCCAGUCUGUUUGAGGUCAAUAUCCCAGACUUCAAGCAGCUCAAACAGUGCAGGAAGGAAAUUAAACUCUUGAAAACACUAUGGGACUACAUCAUCAUGGUGCAGAGCAGCAUUGAUGAUUGGAAGACCACCUUCUGGAAGGAAAUCAAUGUGGAGCAGAUGGACAUGGAUUGCAAGAAGUUUGCCAAGGACAUCAGAGCUCUGGACAAGGAGAUGAGAGCUUGGGAUUCCUAUCUUGGUCUGGAGAACACAGUGAAGAACAUGCUUACAUCACUCAGAGCAGUCAGUGAGCUCCAGAACCCAGCCAUCAGGGAUCGCCAUUGGCAACAACUUAUGGUGGCAACAAAGGUACGCUUUGUCAUGGAUGAAAGCACUACCCUGGCUGAUCUGUUGUCCCUGAACCUCCACAACUUUGAGGAUGAUGUCCGUGGUAUUGUAGACAAAGCAGUGAAGGAAAUGAGCAUGGAGAAAGUGCUUAAAGAGUUGGAUGCCACCUGGACCACCAUGGAGUUUGAACACGAACCUCACCCCAGGACAAAGAUCACUAUGCUGAAGACAAGUGAAGAGUUGAUUGAAACUCUUGAGGAUAACCAGGUCCAACUACAAAACAUGUUGUCUUCCAAAUACAUUGCCCACUUCUUGCAAGAAGUUUCCCAGUGGCAGAAGAAACUGUCGACAGCUGAUCAGGUCAUUUCCAUCUGGAUGGAGGUACAGAGGACUUGGUCUCACUUGGAAAGUAUCUUUAUUGGAUCAGAAGACAUCAGAAACCAGCUGCCUGAGGACUCCAAUAGAUUUGACGGUAUCGACACAGAUUUCAAGGAAUUGGUGUCCGAGGUUGAGAAGUACAAGAAUGUUGUGGAGGCCACCAAUCAGCCCAACCUCUACGAGCGGUUAGAAGGUCUCCAGGACCAGCUAACUCUGUGUGAGAAGGCUCUCGCUGAGUACCUAGAAACCAAACGUCUUGCCUUCCCAAGAUUCUACUUCGUGUCCUCAGCUGAUCUGCUGGACAUCUUGUCCAAUGGCAACAAUCCCUCUGUGGUAUCUCGUCACUUGACGAAAUUGUUUGAUAGCAUGGCCCAGCUGAAGUUCACUCAGGAUGAUGGGGGUAAUGACACCAAGAUUGCUAUAUCUAUGUACAGUAAGGACGGAGAAGUAGUGGAACUGGACAAACCAUGUGACUUGGCUGGACAGGUAGAGCACUGGCUGAAUAACCUGUUGGAUGCCAUGAGGAGCACAGUGAGGCAUGAGAUGACUGAGGCUGUGUCUACAUAUGAGGAGAAGCCCCGAGACCAGUGGCUGUUUGAUUUCCCUGCCCAGGUGGCUUUAUGUGGCACCCAGAUCUGGUGGACCACAGAAGUCAACAUUGCCUUUGGCAGACUUGAGGAAGGAUAUGAAAAUGCUUUGAAGGACUAUAACAAGAAACAGAUUCAGCAGUUGAACAACCUCAUUUCUCUUCUGGUGGGUAAAUUGUCCUCUGGAGAUCGACAGAAGAUCAUGACCAUCUGUACCAUUGAUGUGCAUGCUCGAGAUGUGGUGGCCAAACUGAUUACCACCAAGGUAGACAGCUCUCAAGCUUUCGCCUGGCUGUCUCAGCUCAGACACAGGUGGGACGACAAUGAGAAGGACUGCUUCGCCAACAUCUGUGAUGCCCAGUUCCGGUACUCGCAUGAGUACCUGGGUAACACCCCUCGACUGGUCAUCACUCCUCUCACUGACAGAUGUUACAUCACACUGACUCAGUCCCUUCAUUUGAUCAUGAGUGGUGCACCAGCUGGUCCCGCUGGAACCGGAAAAACUGAGACCACCAAGGAUCUGGGCCGUGCUCUGGGUAUCAUGGUGUACGUCUUCAACUGCUCAGAACAGAUGGACUAUAAAUCCAUUGGUAAUAUUUACAAAGGACUUGCCCAAUCUGGUGCCUGGGGAUGCUUUGAUGAGUUUAACCGCAUUGCUGUAGAGGUAUUGUCUGUGGUUGCUGUCCAGGUCAAAUGUAUUCAGGAUGCCAUCAAGGAGAAGAAGAAGAUAUUCAACUUCCUUGGAGAAACCAUCAAGCUGGUUCCGACUGUAGGACUCUUCAUUACCAUGAACCCUGGUUAUGCUGGUCGCACAGAGUUGCCUGAGAACCUCAAAGCCCUUUUCAGACCAUGUGCUAUGGUGGUUCCAGAUUUUGAAUUGAUUUGUGAAAUCAUGUUGGUGGCUGAAGGUUUCUUGGAAGCCAGGCUGCUGGCCAGAAAGUUCAUCACCCUGUACAGUUUGUGUAAGGAGCUGCUCUCCAAACAGGAUCAUUAUGAUUGGGGUCUAAGAGCCAUCAAGUCUGUGUUGGUUGUGGCUGGAGCACUGAAGAGAGGUGACCCAGAACGUCCUGAGGAUCAGGUAUUAAUGAGAGCCCUGAGAGAUUUCAACAUCCCGAAAAUCGUUAUUGAUGACUUGCCCAUCUUCAUGGGUUUGAUUUCCGACUUGUUCCCUGCCCUCAAUGUGCCCCGUAAGAGAGAUCUGGACUUUGAGAAACAGAUUAAACAAGCUACUCUGGACCAGAAACUGCAACCAGAAGACAACUUCAUCCUCAAGAUUGUACAGCUGCAGGAGUUGCUAGAUGUACGUCACUCAGUCUUUGUGCUGGGAUUUGCUGGUGUUGGUAAGAGUAAAGUUUGGGGAACACUAAACAGGACCUACAAAAACCAAGGAAAGAAGCCCAAUGCUGUGGAUCUGGAUCCCAAAGCAGUGACAAACAAUGAACUGUUUGGUAUCAUCAACCCAGCAACCAGAGAGUGGAAAGAUGGUUUGUUCUCCGUGAUUAUGCGUGAUCUGGCCAACAUGUCGGGUGAUGGCCCCAAGUGGAUUGUUCUGGAUGGUGACAUUGACCCUAUGUGGAUUGAGUCCCUGAACACUGUCAUGGAUGACAACAAAGUGCUGACGCUGGCCAGUAACGAGCGUAUCCCUCUCACUCCCUCCAUGAGGCUGUUGUUUGAGAUCAGUCAUUUAAGGACUGCCACCCCAGCUACAGUGUCCAGGGCUGGUAUCUUGUUCAUCAACCCUCAGGAUCUCGGCUGGAUCCCAUACACCCAGAGCUGGAUUGACAAGCGAGAGGUCCAGUCAGAGAGAGCCAAUCUGACCAUCCUCUUUGACAAGUACGUUCCUAUGUGUCUGGAGACGAUGCGCACUCGCUUCAAGAAGAUCACACCUGUAGCAGACAACAGUCACAUCCAGAUGUUGUGUUACCUGCUGGAAUGUCUGUUGACCCCAGAGAACACGCCCCCAGACUGUGCCAAGGAGCUGUAUGAGCUGUACUUUGUCUUUGCCUGUGUCUGGGCCUUUGGAGGUGUCACUUUCCAGGAUCAGUUGGUGGAUUACAGAGUGGAAUUCACCAAAUGGUGGACCACAGAGUUCAAGACAGUCAAAUUCCCCACCACCGGCACUGUGUUUGAUUACUACAUUGAUACAGACACCAAGAAGUUUGAGCCCUGGACCAAAAUGGUGCAGAAAUUCGAACUGGACCCUGAUCUUCCACUCCAGGCUGCCUUGGUGCAUACAUCGGAGACCACUCGCGUGAAGUACUUCCUGGACAUGUUGGUUGACAAGCGUCGCCCAGUCAUGUUAGUGGGCACUGCUGGAACGGGUAAGACUGUGCUGAUGGGUGACAAGCUCAAUGCCCUCUCAGAGGACUUCAUGGUUACAAACAUCCCCUUCAACUUCUACACAACCUCAGAGAUGUUGCAGAGAACUCUGGAGAAACCGCUCGAGAAGAAGGCUGGUCGUAACUUUGGUCCUCCUGGUACCAGACGGUUGAUCUACUUUGUGGAUGACAUGAACAUGCCAGAGGUUGACAAGUACUUCACUGUUCAGCCCCACACCCUGAUCAGACAACACAUUGACCACAGCCAUUGGUAUGACAGGGCCAAACUGACCCUGAAGGAAAUCCACAACACACAGUAUGUGGCAUGCAUGAACCCCACCGCUGGUAGCUUCACCAUUGACUCCAGGUUACAGCGUCACUUCUGUGUCUUCUCCAUUAAUUUCCCUAACAAUGAGGCCCUGGGCACUAUUUACACUAGCAUUCUGCAGCAACAUCUUGCCUUGACUGGCUUUGCCCAGGCCGUCCAGAAAUUCUGUGGAACUCUCAUCAAUGGAGCUCUGGCUCUUCAGGCCAAAAUGGCCACCACAUUCUUGCCGACUGCCAUCAAGUUCCACUACAUCUUCAACCUCAGAGAUAUGUCCAACAUUUUCCAGGGUCUGCUGUUUGCUCUACCAGAAUGUGCCAAAACUCCUAUUGAAUUGACUCGACUGUGGUUACACGAGGCUGAGAGAGUGUAUCGAGACAAGCUCACUGAUGAAAAAGACAUGGAAACUUUUGAUAAGCUUAUAAAAGAUAUUUUCAAAAAGAAUUUUGAGGAUUUGGAUGAAGCAGUUGUCUUAAAACGUCCACUCCUUUUCUGCCAUUUUGCCCAAGGAGUUGGUGAUCCUAAAUACAAUGCAGUAGAAGGAUGGCCAGAGUUGAACAAGAUCCUUGUUGAAGCUCUAGACAGUUACAAUGAAUUGAAUGCCGUCAUGAACCUUGUGUUAUUUGAGGAUGCUAUGAUGCAUGUGUGUCGUAUUAACCGUAUCCUUGAGUCCCCACGAGGUAAUGCUCUCCUAAUUGGAGUAGGUGGUUCUGGUAAGCAAAGCUUGUCACGAUUGGCUGCCUCCAUCAGCAGCUUGGAGGUGUUCCAGAUCACCCUCAGGAAAGGAUAUUCCAUUGCUGAUCUGAAAUUGGACAUUUCUCAGCUCUACAUAAAGGCAGGUCUGAAGAACAUGGGAAUGGUCUUCUUGAUGACAGAUGCCCAGGUGGCUGAUGAGAAAUUCCUUGUUUUAAUUAAUGACUUGCUGGCUUCUGGAGAAAUCCCCGAUCUCUUCCCAGAUGACGAGGUGGAGAAUGUUAUCAAUGGUGUCCGUAAUGAAGUGAAAGGUCUUGGUAUGGAAGACAGCAGAGAGAAUUGCUGGAGAUUCUUCAUUGACAAAGUCCGCAGAUCACUGAAGGUCGUGCUUUGCUUCUCCCCUGUGGGGUCCACUCUUAGAGUCAGGAGCAGAAAAUUCCCUGCUGUCACCAACUGUACAAGCAUUGACUGGUUCCAUGAGUGGCCGGAAGAUGCUUUAAUGUCAGUAUCUGGACGCUUCCUUGAGGAGGUUGAGCUCCUGGCACCUGAAAUGAGAGAAUCCAUUGCCACUUUCAUGUCAUUUGUCCACAAAUCUGUGAAUGAGAUCAGCGCAGUGUACCUACAAAAUGAGAGACGAUAUAACUACACCACACCCAAGAGCUUCUUGGAGCAGAUCAAACUGUACCAGAACCUGCUGAACAAAAACAACUCAGAACUACAAGCCAAGAUUAUACGUCUUGAGAAUGGUCUGGAAAAACUUCGCAGCACAGCUACCCAGGUAGAUGAUUUGAAAUCCAAGCUGGCUUCCCAAGAAGUGGAGUUGGCUCAGAAGAAUGAAGAUGCCAACAAGCUGAUCACCAUUGUUGGUGCUGAGACUGAGAAAGUGUCCAAGGAGAAAGCUAUUGCUGAUGAAGAAGAAAAGAAAGUGGCCCAGAUCAACAUAGAGGUCAAGAAGAAGGCGGAAGACUGUGAGAGGGACUUGGCAAAGGCUGAACCUGCUUUGGCGGCUGCAGAGGAAGCGUUGAACACACUGAACAAGGGCAAUCUGACAGAGUUGAAGUCCUUUGGCUCACCCCCUGCUGCUGUAAUCAAUGUGACGUCUGCUUGUAUGUGUCUGCUGGCACCUGGGGGAAAAGUACCCAAAGACAGAAGCUGGAAGGCAGCCAAGAGCUCCAUUAUGGGGAAGAUUGAUCUCUUCUUGGACAAUCUCAUAAACUAUGACAAAGACAACAUCCAUGAGGCAUGUUUAAAGGCCAUUCAGCCCUAUUUGGAUGACCCCGAGUUUGAUCCUGAAUUCAUCCGAGGCAAAUCACUGGCUGCUGCAGGUCUCUGCUCAUGGUGUAUCAACAUUGUCACCUAUUACAGAGUGUACUGUACAGUAGAACCCAAACGAAUGGCCCUGGCUCAGGCCAAUUCUGACUUGGCAACUGCUCAAGAGAAGCUGCGUGUUAUCACCAACAAAAUCCAAAGUCUAGAGUCUGAUCUAGCAGAACUGACCGCAAAGUUUGAAAAGGCCACCAAUGAGAAGCUUCGUUGUCAACAGGAGGCUGACUUGACUGCUAAGACAAUUGAACUGGCCAACAGACUGGUGGGUGGAUUAGCAUCUGAGAAUGUCAGAUGGGCGGAUUCCAUUAACGACUUCCGUGAGCAAGAAAAGACCCUCCCUGGUGAUGUUCUUCUCAUCACAGCCUUUGUAUCGUACGUAGGAUGUUUCACAAAGCAGUACAGGUUGGACUUGAUGGACAAGCACUGGUUGCCAUAUUUGAAGAGCUUGAAGAUACCUAUCCCAGUAUCUGAAGGGCUAGAUCCCCUUACUCUGCUAACAGAUGAUGCUCAGAUUGCCUCAUGGAACAAUGAAGGCUUGCCCAGUGAUAGGAUGUCCACAGAAAAUGCCACCAUUCUUGCAAACUGUGAGAGAUGGCCUUUGAUGAUUGAUCCUCAGCUACAAGGUAUCAAAUGGAUUAAGACCAAGUAUGGAGCAGACCUCAAAGUUAUACGACUUGGACAGAAAGGCUACUUGGAUGCUCUAGAGAGAGCUCUGGCUAAUGGAGAUGUGGUUUUGUUGGAAAACAUUGAAGAAACAGUGGACCCUGUGCUCGAUCCUCUUAUUGGGCGAAACACAAUCAAGAAAGGACGGGCCAUCAAGAUAGGAGACAAAGAGGUAGAGUAUCACCCAAGCUUCAAACUUAUCAUCCAGACAAAACUGGCUAAUCCUCAUUAUCAGCCUGAGAUGCAAGCCCAGACCACCCUUAUCAACUUCACUGUAACCAGGGAUGGAUUGGAGGACCAACUCCUGGCAGCCGUGGUAAGAAAAGAGAGACCUGAUUUAGAGAAACUGAAGGCAGAUCUAACAAGACAGCAGAACGAAUUCAAGAUCACUCUAAAGAAACUUGAGGACAACUUGUUGGCUCGUUUGUCAUCUGCUGAGGGUAAUUUCUUGGGAGACUAUGCCCUAGUAGAGAACCUGGAAACCACAAAGAGAACUGCUGCAGAGAUUGAGGUGAAGGCCAAAGAAGCCAAGAAAACUGAGGCUGACAUUAAUUUGGCACGUGAGAGCUACCGUCCUGCUGCAGCAAGAGCCUCCCUCCUCUAUUUCAUCCUGAAUGAUCUUCACAAGAUCCAUCCUAUGUACCAAUUCUCUCUCAAGGCAUUCAGUGUUGUCUUUGAGAAAGCUAUUGACCGUGCCGAGCCAGCAGAAGAAGUCAAACAGCGUGUAUUGAACCUGAUCGACUGCAUCACCUAUUCCGUGUUCACAUACACAGCUAGAGGCUUGUUUGAGAGAGACAAGAUCAUCUUCACAUCCCAGAUGACAUUCCUGAUCCUGAUGGCAGCUAACGAUAUCAACCCUGUUGAAUUGGACUUCCUACUUCGUUUCCCAGCUGUCCCCAAUGUAACCAGUCCAGUUGAUUUCAUGAACAACAACAGCUGGGGUGGAAUCAAGGCCAUGGCAAACAUGGAGGAAUUCAGGAACUUGGACCGCGACAUCGAAGGGUCUGCCAAACGUUGGAAAAAGUUUGUAGAGAGUGAGUGUCCCGAGAAAGAGAAGUUCCCCCAGGAAUGGAAAAACAAAACCUCUCUCCAGAAGCUGUGCAUGAUGAGGGCCCUUAGACCCGACAGAAUGUCCUAUGCUGUCACGAAUUAUGUUGAAGAAAAGUUGGGAACAAAAUAUGUUGAGGGACGAUCCGUGGAGUUUUCCAAGUCCUAUGAGGAAUCCGGACCUGCCACUCCCAUCUUCUUCAUCCUGUCCCCAGGAGUUGAUCCAUUGAAGGAUGUGGAGGCUUUGGGUAGGACCUUAGGAUUCACAGAUGACAAGGCCAACUUCCACAACAUCUCACUGGGUCAAGGCCAGGAAGUUGUUGCUGAGGCAGCCAUGGAUCUCUCGGCCAAAGAGGGUCACUGGGUUGUGCUGCAGAAUGUCCACUUAGUAGCUAAAUGGCUGCCAACCUUAGAGAAGAAGUUGGAGCAAUACAGUUCAGAAAGUAACCAAGAUUACCGUGUCUACAUUAGUGCUGAGCCAGCAGCCAGUGCAGAAUAUCACAUCAUUCCUCAGGGUAUCCUGGAGGCAGCCAUCAAAAUUACAAAUGAACCUCCAACUGGCAUGUUUGCCAACCUGCACAAAGCUCUUGAUAACUUCAACCAGGACACACUUGAGAUGUGUGCAAGAGAGACAGAAUUCAAGAGCAUUCUGUUCUCCCUCUGCUACUUCCAUGCUGUAGUCUGCGAGAGGAGAAAGUUUGGUGCCCAGGGCUGGAACAGAGUGUACCCCUACAACACUGGAGACUUGAGAAUCAGUGUCAUGGUCUUGUACAAUUAUCUGGAGGCCAAUGCCAAGGUGCCGUGGGAGGAUCUGAGGUACCUGUUUGGAGAGAUUAUGUAUGGAGGUCAUAUCACAGAUGACUGGGACAGGAAGCUUUGUAAGACCUACCUGGAAGUGUAUCUUCACGCAGACAUGUUGGAUGGUGAGUUAUACUUGGCUCCAGGCUUCCCGGUCCCCCCUAACUCCGACUACAAAGGCUACCACAACUACAUCGACGAGUGUCUGCCACCUGAAAGUCCAUACCUAUAUGGUCUCCAUCCCAAUGCUGAGAUUGAAUUCUUGACCACUAAAUCAGAAAACUUGUUUAGAGUUGUGUUGGAAAUGCAGCCUAGAGACUCAGGUUCAUCAGCUGGUGCUGGAGUCAGUAGAGAAGAAAAGAUCAAAGGCAUCUUGGAUGAGAUUGUAGAGAAACUGCCAGAAGAAUUCAACAUGACAGAGAUCAUGGCUAAAGUCCCUCCAGAGGAGAGAUCACCAUAUGUUCUAGUCGCUUUCCAGGAAUGUGAGCGAAUGAACAUGCUGACAAAUGAAAUCAGAAGGUCACUAAAAGAACUUGACUUGGGAUUGAAGGGUGAAUUGACAAUCACAUCGGACAUGGAGGAUCUUGGAAAUGCCCUCUUCAUUGAUAUUAUCCCAGAGAGCUGGAACAAGAAGGCAUACCCGUCUCUCUUUGGUUUGACUGCAUGGUAUGCUGAUCUUCUACUGAGAGUAAAAGAACUUGAGACCUGGUCGUCUGACUUCCAGCUACCAGCCGCUGUCUGGCUCGGAGGAUUCUUCAACCCCCAGUCCUUCCUGACAGCCAUUAUGCAGCAGAUGGCUCGUAAGAAUGAAUGGCCACUUGAUCGUAUGUGUCUGCAGUGUGAUGUAACCAAGAAAGCCCGAGAAGACAUGGCAGGCCCACCCAGAGAAGGUGCAUAUGUCCAUGGUCUGUUCAUGGAGGGAGCCAGGUGGGAUAUGCAGACUGGUAUGAUUAACGAGGCCCGGCUCAAGGAGUUGGCACCACCCAUGCCAGUCAUCUUCAUCAGGGCUAUCCCAGUGGACCGACAGGACACCAGGAAUGUCUAUGAAUGUCCAGUCUACAAGACCAAGACACGUGGUCCAACAUUUGUCUGGACCUUCAACCUUAAGAGCAAAGAAAAGGCCAGUAAAUGGGUGCUGGGAGGCGUUGCUCUCCUACUGCAGGUGUAAACCUCACAAAACAAACUCUUAACAACGACUUAAAACCAAACCAACUCCAAAAUCAAAUUAUAGAACAUUCAAAAUGUUCAAAUUUUAAAAUGUCCCACAAAUUUAAAAUCUCCAUUGUGAACUCUGAAUGACUAAUAAGAUAGUAGUGCUGUGUGAUGCAUUAUUAAUGUUUGUAAUUGACUGUUAUACAUGUGAUAGAUUGUUAUAAGACAUCUGAUGUAGAUGAACCGUCCAGCGUUAUAAUUUAUUUAUUCCAGUUUACUGGAAAUGAGAUUUUGAGAAAAAAAUAUGUGAAGUUAUGAUUUAAAUGAAUGGUUGCUGAAUAAAUUGUUCAUAAAUAUUGUAA